UCUCCCACUAUCCUCCUUCCCCUCUCUUUCCUCUCAUCUUCUCUCCUCUCACUCUUAAACUUCCUAUAUAUCCCAAUACUCUCUCACUGUUUCUCUAACCUUAAAUCCCCAACCCCCAAAAACCAGAGCUUAAGCUCUUCAGCUCAACCAGUCAUGGAGAUACAAGUGGCUCACCCAGUGCCCCCUGUGGACUUCAACUUCGACAGCAGCGCCUGCUCAUCCCCCUACAUGACUGCUCCUUCAAGCCCCACUCGAUUUGGCAACUAUUUCUUCAGCGCACCCACCAGCCCCACCCGGGCCUCUUCCUUCUACAGCCACUUCAACGACCUCUCCGGCGAAAACGGUCCAAGACUUUCAGCCUCUUCAAUCCCUUUCAAGUGGGAAGAGAAGCCCGGAAUUCCCAAGUCCAGAGCUACCAUUAAUGGUGAUCAUAGUCAUCAUCUUGAGGAGGAUUUUGAGUUUGAUUUUAGUGGGCAGUUGGAGAAGGCUUCCUUGCCGGCGGACGAGCUCUUCGACGGCGGCAAGAUCCGGCCUCUGAAACCCCCUCCUCGCUUACAAGUUGGGAGCAAUGGAGCUGAUGAGCCAGGUCCCUCCGGUUUUUCCCCGAGGUCACCGUCUCCAAGAGCGUCGAGACUUUCCCAAGGAAAGAAAUUGGUUCAGGGAGUACUAUCCCCGCGGCAUCACCGAAAGGACUAUCAGGCUCAUGAUGAUCCUUUCGCUGCCGCGAUGAAUGAGACCCGAAAGAACGAGUAUGAAUACGGAAAUCAAGAAGAAAGGCGGGGAAGAGAAAGAUCUCCUUCCGUGCGUAAAAAGGGUACCAGAUCUUUGUCUCCCCUGCGCGUGUCGGACGUCAUGUUCGACAUCGAAGAAGACAAGACAGCUUCUUCAUCAACAACCAACUCCAACAAGGCCUCCACAUCUUCAGCAUAUUCUUCAUUUUUGUCAGCGAUCUCGUUCUCUUCAUCGAAAGUAAGUAGAAAGUGGAAAUUGAAAGAUCUUUUGUUGUUUCGAAGCGCAUCAGAAGGCCGAGCCACAACUGGAAAAGACCCGUUGAGAAAGUACGCGAUGCUGUCACCCAAGAAAAGUAGCAGUAGUAUUGCGGAGGAUGUGAAGAACUCGAGUUUUCGGUCCACCGACAGCGUGGGGUCAGUGAGCUCGAGGAGGAAAGGGCCGGUUUCGCCUCACGAGUUGCAUUACACCGCGAACCGGGCGGUUACGGAGGAGAUGAGAAGGAAGACCUUCUUGCCGUACAAGCAUGGUCUCUUGGGUUGCUUGGGGUUCAACCCCGGGUUGCAUGAGAUUUCCAGAGGGGCUUUUGGGUCUUUGACACGUGGUGGAGGGUGCAGAUCAUGACUCAAUCUGUAGCCGUAGAUAUUUUUUUUUUUGGGUUCAAAUUUCUUUGUUGUGGGAUGUGGAUGUUUGAGUUUUGCUCGUAUGGUUGAUGAUCUUGGUUGGAUUAUUUGAUUGUUGGGGCAUAUGUGUGGUGUCUCUAUCACAAGAAAUGGAAUCGAAUUGUAUCAAACAUAUAUAUACAAGAGAUUAAAUUACAAGCGA